GUAUUUUUAUACUUCAGAUGGUUUUCUUCUGCUUUCACUGUGGUGCUCAGUACAACCUAAGAAGUCAAUUAACAAGACAUGUAAGUGACAAACAUCCUAAGAAGAUGCUUCAGUGCAGAUUUGGCUCUUACUUGGUACCAACAAGUAAGAGGUUCCGCCUGAUUGAGCAUGAAAAGAAUGUCCAUAGACAUAUUCUGAAUCCAAGAACCAACAACAGAGAACUUGUAAUCCCAGAAACCCCAACAAGAAAUCCAGUGCCAACCUCUAAUUUUAAUACAAGACAAAGCUGCACAGUCACUAGGCCAAGAGAAGUAACACCACCAACAUCACCUAUAUUAACAAUGUCUAUUAAACCUAUUUCUCCAUUGUCCGAAAUAUCCUCUUGUAGCAUUUCCUUGGGAAUUGAGGAUUACAGCUCCGUGUCACCUGUCAAGAAGAACUUAGUGGAUCUUUUUGACUCUCCUACAAGACAGGCUGUGGAAGAGAACACAGAAGAAACUAGUAUGGUACCUGAGAAACCAACAACAGAACCCUCCAUAGUUACUACUACUUUGAGGGAUAGUAGGCAUUUGGCUUUGCCAGCUAUUGGAGAUGAAGUCUGUCCUGAAGACAGAUUUCAGGCUCCACCCUCCCGCUUCCAGUGUUCCUAUGAAGCUUCCAAGUGCAUGCUAGUGGCCGAUAAGGCAAAGAAGACAGGGAAAUAUACAGGCAGUGUAUUGCCAGUAGGAUAUGGAUGUGUUAAGAAAGAAGAAAUAUGUAUUCUGCCAGAUGGAACAGUUUACAAACUGUCUGCAACAUGGGUACCAGAUCCAUCUUUCCAAAUUUUGAAGUCGAAGGACAUACAUACAGACGAGCGUCAAGUGCAACAAACCAGUACGCAGACAUACGAUAAGCGGGUUGUGCUUGCAACAACAGUCACCCAGAGAGGAGAGUUAUUAAGAAAGAGAGAGAAAUCCAAACAGAAGAUUGUAGAGUGGUAA